AUUAUUUGCUUUCCUUUUUUUCAGAAAGAAGAAUAAAAUAAGUUAGCCAUAAUGUUUGGCAAUUUGAAGAGCAAGCUUGGAGAUGUGACAGAUUUGAAGAAGUUAUCAUCACCUCAAGCACUAACUUCAGCAGCUGGUGGAUCCCGACAGCGUUCGUCACAGCACACGCCAGGAACCCUUACACCCAGAUCUCAACACUCUAGACAGGCAUCCACUGCAUCAUUGCAGGGACUUGGCUUGCCUAUAUCACCACCACAUUCUCCAUCAGAUCAAAAUGGUUCUUUAAAUAUUCAUGAUCGGACACAAGAACUUGAGCGCGAAAUCUUAAAAUUAAGAUCUACUUUAGAAACACAGCAAGAUGUGGCAUUAGAACGAUUGAAUACAAAGGAGCAAGAGUGGAAAGCAAAAUUACAAGAGGAACAUGAUAAACCUCUCCUGGUUUUGGACAUGCCUAAUCCUCAUGGGGAGAGGCAAACUUCCCGCCGCCUAUGAGUUAAGUGUGAUAAUGGGUGACCUGGAAGCUGCAUCACAGCGGGAAAAGAGGCUCCAGGAACAGUUAGAAAGUAAUGCUGCCAACAAAAAACUCUCAACCACCCAGCUUAGUGAAGCACAAGGUAAUUAUUUAUUUAAUUGU